AUGAGAUAUACAAAACAAACAAAAGCACAUCCCAGGCAUAUGAGUACGGAUAAAAUUACUCUAAGGACACCAGACGUGCUACUCGAUCCAAAUUUAGAAUUCUCCACCGAAGAACCUCCUAUAAGAGAGUUAGUUUUGACAAGAAAACGAUGUAUCGAUUCCUCAAUAGUGGACUCUUUUUUGAAGCUCUUACGUAAUGGCAGUGACGACAUUUUAAGACAGAAGUUGAGCUCGUAUUCACAGGCUCAAGAUAACGGCAGGGCAAACUCUUCAAAGAAAACUUCCUGCGAGCAGUAUUUGAAAAAGGAGCUAUACCCUAAUUGGCAAACAAGGGACCAGAUUAUAAGCUUCUGCGAGGGACAAAGUGAGCAGCUGAAACAUGAGCUGGAUGCAGGUACUUCGAAAAGCAUCAGAUCAAACGUAAUACCCGAAAUCGAUCCACGUUUGGAUCCGUAUUCCGCAAGAAGAAUCAUAUAUGACCGGGAGGCCGCCUACAAAGAUUGGAAAAGAUUGAACAGCUGGAUUGAAAACAACAAAAAGGUAGAGUCCAUCUUACGGAAUUCCAGUGCUAAAACCCUCAAACAAAACUGCGAUCAGAAUGCGGACUAUAUGGCUCAGUUUUUUAGCUUCAUCAAUAAAACGACCUAG